AAGUACAAGAUCAAGUAAUUAAGUUCUUUUCUCUAUUGUUUUAAAAAUUUUCUUUCAAACUAGCUAAUCAUAAAAUGGGAGCAGGUGGUCAGAUGAACAACGAUAAAACUGAUGCCAAAUUAGAUGUCAUCAAACGUGCUCCCGUUACAAAACCUCCAUUUGAGAUUAGCGAUCUUAAGAAAGCAAUACCGCCCCAUUGUUACGAGCGCAAUCUCACACGUUCUCUUUACUACCUUUUUCGUGACAUAAUCACAUGUUUUGCGCUAUACCAAAUCGCGCUAAACUAUAUUCCCCUUCUUCCUAAACCCUUGAACUAUGUAGCGUGGCCAAUUUAUUGGUUUUGUCAAGGUAGUCUUUUUUUCGGUCUAUGGGCUAUUGGUCACGAUUUGGGUCAUGGUAGCUUUAGUGAGUACAAAUGGCUUAAUGAUGCACUUGGUUUUUUUCUCCAUUCAUUUCUUUUGAAUCCAUACUUUUCUUUGAAAUAUAGUCACCGUAGGCACCACGCACACACCGGUUCAAUGGAGUACGAUGAGGUCUGGGUCCCUAAACGAAAGGCAGACACCUUUUUUUCGGAAGUUCUCAACAAUCCUUUAGGAAAUUUGAUCUUAAUGUGGCUUAGGUUAGUUAUUGGCAUUCCGUUGUACUUUACCAUCAAUACUACAGGUAGGAAGUAUGAUGGUUUUGCAAGUCACUUUUACCCACAAAGUCCUAUUUUCAACGAUAGCGAACGCAAGCUAGUUUGGAUUACUGACGCCGGUUUGCUUGUCGUUUAUUAUUCACUUUACAAAGUUGCAAUGACCAUGAGCGUAUCGUGGUUAUUUUUCAUGUACGGCGCACCUUGGAUGAUUAUGAACAUUCAUUUCACCCUCAUCUCUAUGAUGAAUCAUAUCCAUCCUGAACUACCUCACUACGACUCGAGAGAGUGGGAUUGGCUAAGAGGUGCUUUAUCAACGGUUGAUAGAGAUUUCGGGAUCUUUAACGAUAUUUUUCAUAAUACGAGUUGUGGCCAUGUUAUGCACCAUUUGUUUCCAACUAGUAUCCCUCAUUAUCAUCUUGUGGAGGCAACCAAUGCUGUUAAACCCAUUCUAGGUGACUACUAUAAAUACGAUGAUAAACCGGUAUUAAAGGCUUUCUGGAGAGAAUCAAAGGACUGCAUUUACGUUGAACCAGACGAAGGUUCAGAGAAAAGCGGGGUAUAUUGGUUCCGCAAGUAGACCUCAUCACGAAUUCUUACACUUCCACCAGAUAGAGUGAUAAAUCUACAACAAUAUUUAACCAUCCACAACUACACAUGUUUUAUACAGUAUUAUAGUAAAAUAUGUGUAUCUGUUGUGAAUAGUUAAAUUUUAUUGUAGAUUUAUCACUGUCUAAUCAAAUAUCUUUACUAGUAUGCAUGCGUGAUUAAAUAAUAAUGGAGGGUAACGAUUUGCACCCGUACCUUGAUCAUCAUUGUAUUUCAUAUGAUCACUGUUUAUAUAUUUCUAGUUCCAUGAUAUUUUGUACUCUUUAAGAUGUAGUAACUUGCUUGAUAUAUGUAAAUCUGGAUUUCUCUAAAA